AUGAAGGCCAGCCUGCUCCUCCUCGCGGCCUCCACAGCCCUCGCUGCCCCUCUUGAGAGCGUCCCCGUCCCUCGCAGCGAGAUCGGGUCUUUCCCCAUCGCCGAGCUCGAGGCCUACUACAACGCCGCCUACUCCGUCAAGCCCGAGGAGACCGCCGCUCUCAACCCUGCCAUCUCCAAGCGCCAGUAUAACGGUGACACCUUCAACCAGCUCACCGAUGGCACGGCCUGCCGCAAGGUCACCUUGAUUUGGGCCCGUGGCACCACGCAGUCCGGCAACGUCGGUGAGGCAGGCUCCGAGGGGCCCGUCUUCUUCAACGCCCUUGCCGGUCUUGUUGGCACCUCCAACCUGGCCGUCCAGGGUGUCGACUACGCCGCGAACAUCCUCGGCUUCCUCCUUGGUGGCGACCCAGCUGGCAGCACCACCAUGGCCAACUUGGUUGCUCGCGCUAUUAGCCAGUGCCCCAGCACCAAAAUUGUUCUCUCCGGCUACAGCCAGGGUGGCCAGCUCGUUCACAACGCUGCCUCCAAGCUCACCGCGGCCCAGACAGCCCUUAUCUCGGCCGUUCUCAUAUUUGGCGAUCCGUUCGAUGGCCAGCCCGUUGGCAGCAUCCCUGCCUCCAAGGUCAAGGUUAUCUGCCACGACGGCGACAACAUCUGCGAUGGCGGUAUCAUCAUUACCGCCGACCACAGAAACUACGAGCAGGAUGCUCCGGCUGCGGCCGCCUUCGUCGCUGGUCUGGUUGCGUAA